GGGGAAAUGUUCAGUGUAGUUCCUGACCGUCCUUAGUAACUAGACAGUAUACAUUUCGUAUAACGAGUUCAAGCUUUUCUGUAAACGAUUGGAUUUUCUUGAACUGGUUGUCAUGUUUCUUUUAGUCAUUUUAGCCUUAGCCCAUUGCUCGUCUGCCAACGAUGCAGUCGAAAAUGAUUUGAACCAGGCUCGUACAACGGGAGCCCUUGAUUUCACCGUCCAAGUAUGUAGCAGUUUAGGUAACUGUCAACCCCUAGCUACUGGGCUGGUUGUCGAUAACAACUGGAGAGGCGUCUACUACAACCUCUGCUACGAUCCCAAGCGUUGCGACAAGAUUCCCACAGUUAGUGAAUAUCAAACUCUGUUUGGGCUGACUGUGUCGCCUUCACGCACUCAUCUGAACCUCACCUACGUGGCCAAUGCUCCGGGACCCCGCAUUUAUUUGACCACCGGUCCCGGCACCAACAGUUAUCAGAUGGUUUAUCUGUUGAAUCGAGAACUGAGUUUCGACGUCGACUUGUCCACCGUCGGCUGUGGAUUGAACGCCGCCUUCUUCUUCGUCGCAAUGGAAGCCGAUGGAGGCACAGCACGUUAUGGCUACAAAGGACCCGUGUAUGGCACGGGCUAUUGCGAUGCCCAGUUAGCUUCCACCAACAAGCCGACUUGCCACGAAUUAGACAUCAUCGAAUCCAAUAGUUUGACGACUCUGUUAGCCACUCACACCUGCAACGCGUCCCAAUAUUGCGAGCCUACAGGCUGCGGUUUCAUGCCGUAUCCACUUGGCCAAACGAAGUUUUACGGACGCGGUAGAACGUUCAGCGUUGACACUACGAAGCCCUUCACGGUCGUCACUCGCUUCGUCACCGUCGAUGGAAAGGACACGGGCAAUUUGAAAGAGAUCCAGCGCUUCUACAAGCAAAACGGGAGGAUAAUUCCUAAUCCUACGGUUGGGGGGAAUUUCAACUCGGUGUCGGACGCUUAUUGCCGUUACUACGGGCUGAAUAAUCUCGGCGGCCUAUCGGCCAGUAUGACGCAAGGCUUGAAAAAGGGAAUGGUCCUCACCAUGGGCUUGUGGGGAGACCUUAAAAAUCCCGAUUUCAUGGGCUGGUUAGACAAACCACCCUAUGGUCCUUGUCCUGUCUACAGCAAUCCCAAUCCUAGGGUCACCUAUGGCAAUAUCAAGUACGGACCCAUCGGAUCAACCGCUUGAUUCUGGAUAAACUUCUACCGCUCUUUAUUGAAAUCUUUAUGACAUUUAAAAAUAUGUACGAGGUGCAGGUGUUGGUGAGUGUAGCUUAUAGUUAAUUUACAAUCAAUACACAACGGUAUAAAGGAA